UAAUUGGGUUAAAUUUAGUUAACUUUGUGUUGAUUUGUUUUUAAAAAAUGGUUCCAGACAAGGACCAGAUCCGCAAAACCAGGUUCUGUAAUUGUAAAAACUAAAAAGAAGAGAGUUUUACUUAUCUUAUUAAGAAGCCUAAAAAUAAAAACACCUCUACAAGAGAAAAAAAGAAGAAGAAAAAUCUACAAAACAAGAAAUUAGAGAACCACCUCUGGAGUAACUUAAAAUGUUUUAUCCCCCCAUCCCCACCACCACCACCACCACCACCACCACCAUCGAUCAUCUUUCUCUUUCGGUCACGUUUUUUCAUAUAUUCUCAUCAUAAUAGAAUCCGUAUAAUUCUUUCACAAUCUUUUAUUUUUCACCAAGCUGAUCACAAAAUAUUUCUGAAACUAAAACCGCACAAGAACCCCCUAUCCCUCGCUAAUCUCCUCCCCUAAAGAAACUUACCCCGAUGGCAAAGUGCUUUAGUUUUGCUGCAACACAGGACUCAUGCUACCGUUACUCCUUCACUCGAGCAGGCCUAAAAUCAUCCACAACCGACCUCGGCGACGGCACGAUCAUGCACUGUUGGAUCCCAAAGAGACACAAACCAUCAAAACCUACGUUACUAUUAAUCCACGGCUUCGGUGCCAACGCAAUGUGGCAAUUCAACGGUCUAAUCCCGCAGUUCAUGCCCAGAUUCAACGUUUAUGUACCGGACCUCCUAUUCUUCGGAGAAUCCUACACAACAAGAGCAGAAAGGUCCGAGUCGUUCCAAGCGCAAUGCGUUAUGAGCCUAAUGGAAGCCCAAAAAGUAACCAAGAUGGACGUGUUUGGGCUGAGCUAUGGCGGGUUCGUGGCGUAUAGCAUGGCGGCACAGUUUAAAGAGCGCGUGGGGCGCGUGGCUCUAGGAUGUGCCGGGGUAUGUUUUGAAGAGAAGGAUGUGGGUGGUGGAGGAGUGUUUAAGGUGGUGACAAGUAUUGAGGAAGCUGCUGAGGUCUUGAUUCCACAAACACCUGAAAAAGCUAGACAGUUGGUGAGGUUGUCUUUUUAUAAACCACCAUCAAGUAUGCCCUCUUGUUUUCUUCAAGAUUUUAUCGAGGUAAUGUGCACUGAUUUCCGUCAAGAGAAGGAAGAAUUAAUCCAGGCAUUACACAAAGAUAGAAAGAUGUCAGAUCUUCCUAAGAUAACUCAGCCUACACUAAUAAUCUGGGGAGAACAUGACCAGGUUUUCCCCCUGGAAUUGGCACACAGAUUAGAAAGGCAUAUCGGAGAUAAUGCAGAAUUAGUGAUAAUAAAGAAUGUCGGUCAUGCACUCAAUGCAGAGAGGCCUAAGGAGCUGUAUAAGCACUUAAAGUCUUUCUUCAUUGACAGUCAUCCUUUAUCAAAGCAAGCAAGCCACGGAAACGGUACUAAGUCAGAUUGAAAUACCUACCUAGAAUGAUGAGGAGAACUCAGGAGUUUCUGAUUUCUCUAUUUAGAUUGCAACUUGCGUGCACUGAAGACAAUUCGAAGCUUAUAAAUGUACUCAUUUAAUUAUUGAGAGACGAGAAAGUAGAUCAAUUCAAUCCCCUCAUCUCUGAGGAAACUGGUUAGGUAACACUUGCAAUCUCCUAUUUUGAAAAGUUUGCACUGCAAAAACUGGAGAAAUUUUUCUGUGAUUGUUGCAUUCCUUUUGUUGCUGACAGAGUUUUGGAUGCUCCUCUGUAUCUCUGUAUGUAUAUGCACAUUUAGUUUUAAUUUAUUUAUUAUAUUCUAUAUUAA